AUGGCAGAGAACCACAACUCCAAUGGUCUAGAUCUUCCGUUGCACAAGAUCAAGGCGGAAAUCAGUAAGCCGAAAACGGUGGCUGCCGUCUUCGUCAGGAAGGCGUUUCAUGCAAGCCUCUCAUUCAUGGAGGAACUAAAGAAUGGCAAAAAUGGUUUAGUGAUAAGGCCUUUAGUGAUAGAUAUCGUAGUUCUUGGAAUAAGAAUAAGAGCGACAGUGCUGGCUAGCGUGGUGGCCAUGGCGGCAGCGCAGGGCUACGGUGGCGGUGGCGGAGGCGGCGGCGGCGGCGGCGGCGGCGGCGUGGGGCGCUUCAUCCCCAUCGUGAAGGACGACCGCACGCAGAACGCCUACGGCGAGAACACCUUCGAGUUCGAGGCCGCCAACGGCAUCGUCCGCUACGAGUCCGGAAAAGAAGACAACGGACACGUGCAGGAGGGAGGCUGGAGGUACCAGGCGCCGGAGGGCAUCCCCGUGGAGAUCACCUUCGUGGCCGACCAGGGGGGGUACCAGCCCCAGGGGGCCCUGCUCCCCGUGGCCCCUCCUCUUCCCUACCAGAGAACGCAGUCCUUCGGAGGAGCAGCAGGGGGCGGCGGAGGAGGAGGAUAUGCGUGAGUCUGAGGGAGUCCUGCUGAGCUGGUCUCGCUUCUGCCGUUUCAUCGCUGAUCAUGACACUGUUAAUUCAUUUCACAGCUAUAGAAAGAAAAAAGAUUUUAACCUUUUAUGGCUGACUCCAUCAAAAUAAAUUUUGUUAUGUAUA